CAGGAGAGGUGAGUGCAGAGGAGGAUAGAAGAGUGCAGUAUAUAGGGCUGAGUGUACCACAUAGAUUGCAGUGAGUGCAGGAGAGGAAAUGCAAAGAAUUGAGUAGAAUCCUAUGAAAAGAGCGCUGCAGUGAAUGAAGUGCUGAGAGACUGCUGGAGCUGCAGUAGGGCAGAGGUGACAUGAAUGCAUGAAGGUCCACUAGUGGUAAGAGAGGACAUCCAGGAUGCAUGAAGAGGAAAGCCAUAGAACACCCCCACAGACUUUUAUUGUCUUCUCCUGGAAGAAAGAAGACCCUGGCUGCAAGUAAGGAAUAACAGGAAUAAUCCACAUAGGGACAGAUACAAGAUGCCUGGACGGCUGCAGACGGCCCUGAGAAUCCUAGGCACAAGCCUAUUUGCCGUGCUGGUGCUGGGGGGCAUACUUGCGGCAUAUGUGACCGGUUACCAGUUCAUUCACACUGACCGCCAUCACCUGUCCUUUGGGCUGUAUGGAGCUAUCUUGGGGCUUCACCUCCUCACUCAGAGCCUUUUCGCUUAUCUGGAGCACAAACAAAUGCGGAAAGGCGGCAAGGGUCUUCCGGGAUCCUCCAGGGUGGCCCUGUGCAUUGCGGCCUACCAAGAAGACCCAGAGUACCUGAGGAAAUGUCUGCAGUCGGCACGACGGAUCUCCUACCCGCACCUCCGAGUCAUCAUGGUGAUUGACGGGAAUUCAGAGGAUGAUAGGUACAUGAUGGACAUUUUUCGAGAGGUGAUGGGAUCGGAGGGCACUUGCUGCUAUGUCUGGGACAACAAUUACCAUGAUUCGCAAGAAGGCGGGCAGGAGGGCGAGCGGGGAGUGCAGGAGCUGGUGCAGAAGUUCCCGUACGCCUGUAUCAUGCAGAAAUGGGGAGGAAAGCGAGAAGUCAUGUACACUGCGUUCCGGGCUCUUGGAGAUAGUGUGGACUAUGUGCAGGUUUGUGAUUCUGACACGGUGCUUGACCCCGCGUGCACUGCAGAGAUGCUGCGGAUAUUGGAAGAAGACCCUAAAGUGGGUGGAGUUGGAGGAGACGUGCAGAUCCUGAACAAGUACGACUCCUGGAUCUCCUUCUUGAGCAGCGUGCGAUAUUGGAUGGCAUUUAACGUAGAACGGGCUUGCCAAUCCUACUUUGGGUGCGUGCAGUGCAUCAGUGGUCCUCUGGGCAUAUAUCGGAACAGCCUGCUGCAGUACUUUUUGGAGGACUGGUACCAUCAGACCUUCCUAGGUCAGAAGUGCAGCUUCGGAGAUGACCGUCAUCUCACCAAUCGAGUGCUGAGCAUGGGCUAUAGGACUAAGUACACAGCGCGCUCCAAGUGCCUGACUGAGACCCCCACCAAGUAUUUGCGCUGGUUGAAUCAGCAGACUCGGUGGAGUAAAUCCUAUUUUCGGGAAUGGUUAUACAACGCGCUUUGGUUCCACAAGCAUCACCUCUGGAUGACCUACGAGUCUGUGGUCACCGGCUUUUUCCCUUUCUUUCUGGUGGCUACAGUAGUGCAGCUCUUUUACCGUGGCCGUAUCUGGAACAUAAUGCUUUUUCUUUUGACUGUCCAGCUAGUGGGCAUCGUGAAGGCGACCUACGCCUGCUUCUUGCGUGGCAAUGUCGAAAUGAUCUUUAUGUCUCUGUAUUCUCUCCUCUACAUGACCAGCCUGCUACCUUCUAAGAUGUUCGCGCUGCUCACAAUCAACAAGGCUGGAUGGGGGACCUCCGGCAGGAAGAAGCUGGUGGUGAACUUCAUCGGUAUGGUGCCAGUGUCAGUCUGGUUCUGUAUCCUCCUGGGUGGGCUGGCGUAUACAUCGUACUGCCAAAGUCAAGAUCCCUUCACCGAGACGGAACUCUUAUUCCUGGUGACUGGAGCCAUCCUUUAUGGGUGUUACUGGUUGGCGCUGCUCAGCUUGUACCUGGUAAUAGUAGCCAGGCGCUGUGGGAAGAAGCAGGAGCUGUACUAGCCUGGCAUCAUCGGAGGUGUGAAUGAUGGGAACUGAAUGGAACUGUCUCGGCAUAUGGCGGAGGCAACCGAGUAUAAGACAUUCUUCCAAAAGAAGACGGUAAGGCAUGGUCUUAUGAGGUCACAGGAGGCAGUUCUCACCAGCAAUGACUUAGAGACCUUACUAUGCAAACAAAUACCUCAGGCAAAUACAAAAGAAAUAGAGCCGUCUGCCAAAGCAAUGAAAGCCAUAGCUGGCACAGCCUUAAGAUGCCCAUAAAUGUCCUAAUGGUGAAGGUGCCAGAAACCUGGAUAACUGUGAGCCCCACCGCCGGCGGAAGAGGCUUCUGAAGUGAAGAUCUCCAAGGACACUUCCAUAAUGGACACUAUAUACAUAGUACAACAGGACGUGACAUCCUACAAUGGCCGCUCAGAUAUCUCCAGCCAUGAUUACUCCCA